CACUACUUUUCUUUAAUUUAUUUAUAAUUUUUAAACUUUUUUAUUUUUAUUAAAAGAUCACAUAUUAUAUAAUGUACCAAGACAAUUUUGAAGAAGACGAUCUCAUUGCCGAAGUUGAAUUUGUCGAGCAAGAAGUAUAUGCAAAGAGAAGCCCUACCGAUGACGGGUUUGACACCGAAGGUGCUUCGGUUCAAUCUGCCAGCACAACCCAGAUCCCAGAUGGUGUACGCAACUUUAUCCUCCACUUUUACCGCAAUGUGAUGGAUAACAAUGUCUAUGAACUCCACAACAUCUAUGACCACUCAUUCAACAAAGUAACCGAUAAAUACUACACCAAACAGGCAUGGCCUGAGGCAGAAAUUGUUUCACCUCUUGUGAAUGAUGAUCAAGUAUUCUUGACUCUCUAUCGCGAAUUGUAUUACCGUUAUAUCUAUUCCCGUAUGGCACCUACUCUUGAACAGCGUUUCAAUUCUUACGAGAACUACUGUGACUUGUUCAACUACAUCUUGAACUCUGAAGGCCCUGUUAACCUUGAAUUGCCCAACCAGUGGUUAUGGGACAUCAUUGAUGAGUUCAUUUUCCAAUUCCAGUCCUUCAGCAACUACCGCGAUCAUUUCGCCAACAAGUCAGAGCAGGAACUCUCUCUUUUGAGCGAGAACCCUCAGAUCUGGAGUUGCUACAGUGUCUUAAAUGUCCUGUACUCAUUCAUCCAAAAGUCUCGUAUCCAAGAACAGUUGUUGGUCAGCAAGAACGGUGGUGACAUGAUGGAAGCUGCUGGUGAGUACGGAUCCCGUCCUCUUUAUAAGAUGCUCGGAUACUUCUCCAUUGUUGGUUUGUUGCGUGUGCAUUGUUUGUUGGGUGAUUACAUGCUUGCACUGAAAAUGAUGGACAACAUCAUCUUGAACAAAAAGGCUAUGUUUGCUCGUGUAACUGCUUGUCAUGUUACCACUUACUACUAUGUUGGUUUUGCUUACAUGAUGAUGCGUCGUUAUGCCGACGCCGUAAAGUCAUUCUCUACCAUUCUUUCGUUCAUGCAAAAGACAAAGCAGUACCAUUCUCGCUCUUACCAGUCUGACCAAGUCUCUUCCAAGGUUGACCAGAUGUACGCCUUGUUGGCUAUCUGCAUUACCAUGAGCCCCACUCGUCUGGAUGAAGGAAUUCACUCUAAGCUUCGCGAGAAAUAUGGUGAAAAAUUGAUCAAGAUGCAAAAAGGUGAUGAGGCAAUUCCCAUCUUUGAAGAGUUUUUCAGCCGCUCUUGCCCCAAGUUUAUUUCUGCUACCAACCCUGACUGCAAGGUUGUACCUGAACGUAAACUUCACCAAUUGAACUUGAAUGUAUUCAUGUCUGAUAUCCGCAAUCAAAUUAUGCUGCCUACCAUUCGUUCUUUCAUGAAGCUUUAUACUUCUAUGGAUGUCGAUAAACUUGCCAAGUUCUUGGAAACGGAUUCCGAAGAGCUCAAGAUGCAGUUGUUGGUUUACAAGCAAAAGUCGCGUCAGUUCAAGUGGACCGAGGGCAACCUUAUUGAAGGAGAGUACCAGUCAACUUCUGAUCUCGACUUCUGCUUGAAGAAGGAUAUUAUCCAUAUUGCCGAAGUCAAGAUUGGUCGCCGAUAUGGCGAUUGGUUUUUGCGAAACAUUUCCAGAUGCGAGGACUUGGUUGCUACAUUGGAAAAUAAGGCUUGAUUAUCUUUUCGCCCUUGACAGAUAGCUAUAUAUAUACAUAUACAUAAUGUGUUCGUUCUUUUUUUUCAUUACUUAAAAAACAUUUACCAGCAUACAAACGCACUUCUUUAUUUUUAUUAUCAUUAUUAUCAUUUUAUUGAACACACCAAGUGCUUGUAAUAUUGUAGAUUUAAUUGCAUUGUUAAUUCCCAUUAUACAUUUCUAGUAAUAACC